AUGAGAGAAGAUUUCUUAACGUUUGUUCCUGUUACUGAUGUUACAGGUAUGGGUUUAGCAAACACACUUUUAAAUACCCUUGAUAAACUUGGUAUUGAUUUGAAAUAUUUAAGAGGCAAAGGUUUUGAUGGUGCAGCUACCAUGAGUGGAUGCUUUAAUGGUGUACAAUCCCACGUUACCAAAAAAUAUUCACUUGCUCACUACAUUCAUUGCACCUCACAUUGUUUAAAUCUAGCAAUAUCCGACACAUGUAACAUUCAAAGUAUACGAAACUGUACUGGUGCCAUACAAAAAGUAUGUGUGUUUUUUAAAUACCCUAAACGACAAAAUGUAAUGUUAGAUUCAAUAAAACGUGUAUGUCCUGAAUCACAGAUUACUAAACUAAAAUUACUUUGUCCAACAAGAUGGGUCGAUCGGCAUGACUCCAUAAUUACUUUUAUGGAAUUAUUUGAUGCAGUUAUUGAUGGAUUAUCAAUUAUUUCUACAUGGCCAGACAGAGAAUCGUCAUCAGGAUCUUAUCAACUUUUGUGUGCUAUUAAGCAACCUGAAUUUAUUUUGGCAACGCAUCUGCUAGCAAAAGUAUUUAGCAUAAGUUUACCUCUUAGUAAACUUCUUCAAAUGCAAAAUAUUGAUUUGAUUGAAGCCAUGUCUCUGGCAGAUAAUGUAUCUGAUGUGUUAAAAAAUAUCAGAAAUAAUGCAGAUGAGGAUUUUAAGAAACUAUUUUUGAAAGUGAAAGAAAAAUGUAUGUCACUUGAUAUUGAAAUAACUUUACCUCGUUUAACAAACAUACAAAAAAAUCGGUUUAAUGUAAAAACUACUUGUCCAAAUGAAUACUAUAAAAUAUCACUGUUUAUUCCAUUUUUAGAUAAUUUUAUUAGUCAACUUCAUGAUAGGUUCAUUGCACAUAAAUCUCUAAUUACCAAUUUUUGCUGUCUCUUACCAAACAAUAAUUUGCCAAAUAGAGAAGAAAACAUAAAAAGUUUGGCAGAAAAGUAUAGUGAAGAUCUUCAAUGUAGUUCAGAUUCAGUAAUUGGAGAAGUAUUGACAUGGACACAAAAAUUUGUUGGAACAGAAAAACCAAAAAAUGCAUUAGAAGCUCUUAUAGCAUGUAACCCACUCAUUUUUCCAUCUACUUAUAAACUUCUCCAAAUAAUAGCUACACUUUCCGUAACUACAGCAAACAGUGAAAGGUCAUUUUCUACGUUAAAAAGACUUAAGACAUACCUUAGAAAUACUAUUGGAGAAAACAGAUUAAAUAGUUUAGCACUACUAAAUAUUCAUCGUGAAAUUAUUUUAACAACAGAUGAAGUUCUUAAUGACUUUGCAAAAGACUCAAGAAAAAUAAGAUUGCUAUAG